GAAAGAUAAUUCACAUUGCGGAACUGCAAACAUUAUAUAUAUGUAUAUCUAUAGAUAUAACAUUAAAAUAUAAUGAUGCAUUAUGUAAUUGCUUCUGUCCUUUCAGAAAAUCCCAAAAUAAAUAUUAGAAUCUAGUUUUGUAAACAGUAGUGACUGCGUGCCCUUAAAAAGUGACAGUAGUCGUUGAAGCGUUUAAAAGUAAUUAAUGAAAUUAAAAAAAAAUGAUUAGAAAUAAAUUAUUGGAUAAAUAGUAAAAUAAAUUAUUUAUAGUGUCUAUUUUGUGAGAGAUUAUUUUUUAUUAAUUAGAGGAAUAAAAGAGUUAUUGAUUAUCGUUCUUAAAGUUAUUUCGUUAUUAAUAGAAGAUGGCAUCUUUUAAAGUAACAUCAGAAAUUUAUGAAGAAAAUGGAUCUGAAGGGGAGUUUGAAAACAAUAGUAGAAUUACAAACAUUAAUUUUCGAUAUCCAUCAUUUUUACUAAAAGACAAAAAUGAGAAAGUUGAAUACGAUGAAGAUGGAGAUUUAAUAGUUGAUCGAGUACAAAAAGGAACGUUGUUAAUUGAGCAUCACAUUUCCACUGAUUUACAUUUAGUUGGUUUACAACUCUGGAGAGGAGCUUUUCUACUAGCUGAUUACAUUCUAUCGAAUUCGAAUCAAUUCGAAAAUAAAAUAAUAAUGGAAUUAGGUUCCGGAGUUGGUUUCACGAGUAUUAUUGCCAGUAUUAUAGCCAAGAAAAUAAUAUGUACAGAUAUUAACGAGGGAGAAAUUCUGAAACUCAUAGCGAAGAAUUUCAAAAAUAAUAAGAAAUACGUCAGGAGUAAAGUAGAUAUUAAGGAAAUGAAUUUUUUAGAUCUUAAUUGGUCUCAACAACUUUGUGAAGAUUCAAAGACAGUUGAAAUAAUUCUAGCCGCUGAUGUGAUAUACGACGAUACUAUAACAGAGGGUUUUGUAAAUACUUUAGAGAAACUUUUUAAUGCAAAUUCAACGUCUGUCGCUUAUGUCGCAUUGGAAAAGCGUUUCGUUUUCACAUUAGCUGAUUUAGAUUCUGUUGCUCCAAUGUAUGAGGAAUUUCAAAGAAUUAUUACAAAGAAGAAUUACAAAUGGAACAUUGAAGAAAUUAAAUUAGAUUUUCCUCAAUAUUUCCGGUAUGACAGAUUGAAGCAAAUGAUUUUGAUGAAGAUUAAAAAGUCCUCUUGAGUCCGUUUCUUAGAAAACAAUAUUUUUAUCAUUCGUACUACUAACUCUUUUUUUUAAUAUUGGAAAUAUUCUAUUUUUUCUGUUUACAAAUUUUUUCUCAAUCCAAUAAUUCAACGUUUUUUAAAAUA